AUGAUUUCCCGACCCAAGGUCGUUGUACUACCCAUUACCGAUCAAGUAAUCCAGUGUGCUGAAGCUUGGGCUGCUGCCAAAGGUGUUACUUCCAUGAAGUUCUUUGAUAGGAAGAGAAAUUUGGAGACAUUUCAAGAUGACGAUCAAAUCACAGGAGUGGAUGACACGGAACAAGGUUACUUAGUAGAAGAAGCCUUUGAUCAGGACUAUGAACCUGAAGAUGAAGAUGAACGUGAUUUCAACCUAUGUGGACAAUUUGAUGAUAUCAAUGACUCCAAAAGAGAAGAGCUCUUGGCAGAUGCAGACAAUGAUGUCAAUGAUACAUUAUUUUGGGAAGUACGUGGUCUGUCCUCCGUACGUGUAGUUUUGUAG